AUGUUGCUGGAAAUAAUUAUAGGACUUUUGUCCUUGUUCAUAAUUGUCGAUGUUCUAUAUAAACAGCGCAGACAUUUUAUGAUCGAAAAGGCUGGUAUUCGUGGACCAACUCCAUUGCCAAUUUUGGGAAAUGUGCUGUAUCUGGUGGGCAAUACAACAGCCAGUGUGUCCGAACUUAUGACCAAGCUAACUGACAAAUAUGGUAAAGUUGUACGCAUGUGGUUUAUUACUGAUUGUGUCCUGAUUAUACUUGAUGCUAAAUAUUUUGAAGAUAUUUUCAAAAGUCAACAGCUGAUAAAGAAAAAUGAUUCGUAUAAUUUAUUGGAUGGUUGGUUGGGCCAGGGUUUAUUGCUGAGUUCAGGUCCCAAAUGGUUUUCGCGGAGGAAAAUUAUUACACCCACAUUUCAUUUUAAAAUUUUGGAAGAAUUCGUGGAGAUCUUCGAUCAACAAAGUCAUGUUAUGGUUAAGAAUUUGAUGAAGCAAGCUGAUGGUAAAACAGUGGUCCAUAUGUUCCCCAAUGUAUGUUUGAUGGCAUUGGAUAUUAUUACGGAAACGGCAAUGGGUGUGAAGGUUAAUGCCCAAGAGCAUCCCGAAUUUCCAUAUGCCAAGGCGGUGACAGAAGAAUGCCUCGUUAACAAUUUCCGACGACAUUUUAUGCUCGAAAAGGCCGGUAUUCGGGGACCAACUCCUUUGCCAAUUUUGGGAAAUGUUCUGUAUCUAGUGGGCAAUUCAACAGCCAGCGUGUCAGAACUUAUGGCCAAGUUAACUGGCAAAUAUGGCAAAAUUGUACGCAUGUGGUUGGUUACCCAUUGUGUUCUGUUCAUACGCGAUGUCAAAUUUUUUGAAGAUAUUUUCAAAAGUCAACAAGUGAUUACCAAAAAUAAUCUCUAUAAUUUAUUGGAUGGCUGGUUGGGCCAGGGUCUGCUACUGAGUUCAGGGCCCAAAUGGUUUUCGCGAAGGAAAAUUAUUACACCCACUUUCCACUUUAAAAUUUUGGAAAAAUUUGUAGAGAUUUUCGAUCAACAAAGUCAUGUUAUGGCCAAGAAUUUGAUGAAGCAAGCUGAUGGUAAGACGGUGAUCCAUAUGUUCCCCAAUGUAUGUUUGAUGGCAUUGGAUAUUAUUACGGAAACGGCAAUGGGUGUGAAGGUUAAUGCUCAAGAACAUCCCGAAUUUCCCUAUGCCAAGGCGGUGACAGAACGUCGCCAUCUGAUGAUCGAAAAGGCGGGAAUACGUGGCCCCACACCAUUACCCCUGGUGGGAAAUCUUUUGGAAUUAGUGGGCAAUACCACGGCCAGUAAGACAUGA